AUGUAUGCAGCCGUGCCAGCAAUCCCUGUAUCCUCGGUGACACGAAUCAGUCGGGUGGCGGUGGCCCGUACAGCCACACGCCCCGCGCGUUCCGGGCCGUCAGCCAUGCACUACUGCGCUGUGGACGGCUGUUCAAGCAGCAAGAGACAGAAACAUAUCUCAUUCUUUCGUUUACCUAAAGAGGAGGAAACACGCAAAAAGUGGCUACAGCUAAUAGGACGACCUGAUAUAGCGACGUCUCCGACGAAUCCUAACAACCAUUUUGUAUGCUCUUUGCAUUUUGAAGAAUCAAUGAUGAUUAGUGUUCCCAAAUUGAAACCGGAUGCGUUGCCUACAAAAUUAUUGCCUAAUUCGACUCGUUUAAUAAGUUACGACGAGAAAUCUACACAGACAGAUGAAUUGAAGAUAGAUAUAACAUCUGCCCUUAUCUAUGCUAAUGAUAAUAAGUCGUCAUCGGGGCAAAGUGCUACUGAUAGUAUGAAUCCUCAAACUUCAGUUCCUCUAUCUCCGGCAGCGAGAAAACGUAAACCACGCGAAUCCAAAGACACUGAACAGAAAAGAAGAAAACAACAAAAUGGAGCAUCUGAAUCAGAAAAAGAAGCUCAAAAUAAAAAUUAUUGUAAUUCUUUGCAGCCUCUUUUGAAGAAAACAAUUUAGUUACCUAAAUAGUUUAAUAAGAUUACUUAAACUUAGCUUCGUUGAGGAUUGUUGUUAAGACUGACAUUAAUAUUCCAGACAGCGAUAAUAUAACCCAAAAUAAAAUUUAUAUUUAAUAAUUUACCUGUUUAAUAAAUAAUAUAGACACUCACAAAUAGUUUUAAGUAUAAAUGUAAUUUACAAUAGUUAGCAAUUCAACAGUUUAUUGUUCCAAGACUUCAUACACGUCACGAAUGAUUAAUUAUACACGCUAUUCUUCCAUAUUGUACACAGAGCCAUUAUUUUAAUGACCAAUUAACCAGACAAUGAAUGAGAAGAUAUGGUAACAAUUGUCGCGAUAGUAUCGGCCCAGUUCUCUAGUUUUGAAUCGGCACAUUUUUACGAACGAUUAAUUUCACUAUUAAACACGAUUUGGCCGUUUCUUGGCUACACAACGGGGCUUUAAACAUUUUUAUUAAAAAAAAAUAUUUUUUUAUACCAUUUCGUUGAACAAUACAUUUGUCAAGCUCACAAGCAAGUGGUUCUUUUGUCGGAGCAAAGGAAAUGAAUGGCGUUUUUUCUCGCUACAGUCCGACAAUUGAGGGAUUUACAACAUUCUGUAAAGGAAUAAACAAGUCUACUUUAUGACUAUGUUUUAGUGAGAUUUAAUUUUAAUUACUGUUAUAAUAUAUUUUUAUUCAAAUCAAAUGUUUAUAAAUAUUGUGUCAGUACAGUUGUUUCAUUAGAUUUAAGCUCAACAAUAUUAUGCCUUGUAUAGUAGGCGUGCAAAUAUAAACUAUCUAUCUACAUAUAUAUUGAAAGAAAUUUAUAUGUUCUAUGUCAAAUUACUGAAUGAUAGUCAUCUUAAUUCAAAACAAAAUUCUACUAUGUCAAUCACAAUCAAUAUACAUAUUUAUGUCUAUUAUUCUUAGAAUAUACAUAUAAUGUCAAGCUAUUACUAAUUAAAAUUCCGGAUUUUUUGUCACUUAUAAAUUUCAACUGAUGUGUACACUAUCAUAAUAUAAAAAUAUCAAUUAUAUGAGAAUAAAGGAUUAUACAACAACCGUAUAAAAAAUGUGAAUAAAAAUAUAUAGCAAUACUUUAUAAUUAUGACGUUCCUUUCAUUAUAAAUUAUCUUUUUAUAGUCAUAACUUGAUAGUUUAAUCUUUAGAAAGGUGUUAAAAACUUAAAUUCUAAGUUAUAUUGUUGUAUUGUAUAUAAUUAAAAACUGCAUUACAUAACUUC